AUAUAGUGUAAAAGAUAAGGCAGAUAACAAUCGGCAUAAAAUAGUAAACAUUAAGCACUAAACGGUGCUUUAAGCCUUUAACUGUAAAGUAUAAGGUAUAAGCUCUAAAGUGUAACCAGUUUUUACUCUUGAGGAAUGGGUCGCUCCAUUAAUUAAUAAUUAUAACUUAUAAGUCUCUAGUCUCUUGUAUUCAUGACAGUUUCAUGGUUUAGUUUACACCGCAUACCAAGGACAACAUCCCUUAUCACGUAAGAUUUCAUUAGUUCAGUAAACCGAUUAUCAAGAUGCCCGAAGGUGUUGAAGAAGUUCCUACUAUCGGCAUUAUUUAUCCACCGCCAGAAGUAAGGAAUAUUGUCGACAAAACUGCCAGUUUUGUAGCACGAAAUGGACCAGAAUUUGAAUCUCGUAUUCGUCAAAAUGAAUUGGGUAAUCCCAAAUUCAAUUUUCUUACCCAAGGCGAUCCUUACCAUGCAUAUUAUGUACACAAAGUCAAAGACCUCAGGGAAAAAGCUGCACAAGAACCAACCUUACCUCCUAAAGAAACAAAGAGCAUGUCAACUGCUACCCAACUCAAACAACAGGAGCUCCUGAAACAAGUUCAGGAAGCAAUAUUUGUACCAAAAGAUCCGCCAAAAGAAUUUGAAUUCAUUGCUGAUCCUCCAUCAAUAUCAGCUCUUGACUUAGACAUAGUGAAGCUUACAGCAUUAUUUGUUGCUCGUAAUGGCAGACAGUUUUUAACCAAUCUAAUGGCAAGAGAACAACGUAACUUUCAGUUUGACUUUUUACGUCCCCAACAUUCACUAUUUCAAUAUUUCACAAAGCUUCUUGAACAGUACACUAAAGUGUUGAUGCCUCCUAAAGAUCUUAUGAAGUGUUUAAAAGAAGAAAGCUAUGAUCGACAACAAAUUUUAGAUGAUGUCAAAUAUCGUUCUGAAUGGCAAAAACACCAAGAUGCUUUACGUAGAAAAGAAGAACAGCUUAUAGAAAAAGAAAGAUUGGCCUAUGCUCAGAUUGAUUGGCAUGAUUUCGUUGUUGUUGAAACUGUUGACUUUCAAUAUGGUGAGAUUGGUAAUUUUCCUCCACCAACUACGCCGGAUCAAGUUGGUGUGCGUACAUUGAUGCAAGAGCGUGUUGAUAAUGGAGAAGAAGCUGUUGAAAUGAGUGAUGCAGAAGACGACAUGCAGGUAGACAGUGACGAUGAAAUGGAAAAACGAGUUAAUGGUAGAAUGUAUGCACCAGAAAGUGAACUUAGAGUGCCUGGUGAAGAAAAGUCCAGUAGAGACAACAACCAGGUUCAAGACAUGGAUGAAUCGUCAAGUGAUGAUGAUGGUGAUUUACCACCAGGUGUUUCGAAAUCUGAUAGUCGUUCAAACCAAAUGGCCCAGCCAGCUGUUCCAGAAAAGGUUAUUGUGAAGAAAGGAUACAAUCCUAAACAAAUUGUUCGAGCUCCAGUUAAAGCACCUCCAGAAGAAUAUUUAAUAUCUCCAAUUACUGGUGAAAAGAUACCUGCAAGCAAAGUUCAAGAACAUAUGAGAAUUGGAUUAUUAGAUCCCCGAUGGGUAGAACAACGAGAUAAGCAUAUCAGUGAUAAAAUGAACCAGGAAUCUGUGUAUGCUCCAGGAGCUGCUAUCGAGGCUAGUUUAAAACAGUUGGCUGAACGCCGUACUGAUAUAUUUGGUGUUGGUGUUGAAGAAACUGCUAUUGGUAAAAAAAUUGGUGAAGAAGAAAGUAGAAAAGAUGAUAAGGCUACAUGGGAUGGGCACACUUCUAGUGUAGAAGCUGCAACUCGUGCAGCACGAGCUAAUAUUACCCUAGAAGAUCAAAUUCACCAAAUUCAUAAAGUUAAAGGUCUAAUUCAUGACGAUGAAAAAGAAAAAAUUGGUCCAAAACCUGUAUCAGGUACAGUAACUAUUUCUCAUCCGCCUACUUCUCAAGCCGUUUCUGUACAAAUGUCAAUGGCUAGUAAUAUGCAAAAUGCUAUGAUGCAACCACAUGCUCCUAACAUGAUGCAAUCGCAACCCAUGAUGAUGGUUCAGCAACAACAACAGAUGAUGGUUCCACAACCUCAAGCUUAUCAAGUAAUGCAGCCCCAGAUGCCUCCGAAUCCAUUUUUGGGAGCUGCUAGAGGAAUGAUGCAACCUCCAUUACCUCAGGGUCCACCUGGAAUGAAGCACGUAAUGGAAAUUGCUGAAGAUGAACCGCUUAUGAAGAAACAGAAGACUGAAGAUUCUUUAGAACCUGAAAUACAGUUUAUGAUGAAGUUUAAUGGUCCUGUCAUGUUUAAUGUUGGAACACCUGUUCUUACCGACAAACCAGAAUGGGCCCUCAAUGGACAGAUAUUAAAUAUAACAUUACCGCUUCAAGAAACAGUGUCAGUAAUUAAGACGAAAAUUCAUGAGUUAACAGGGAUGCCACCUGGCAAACAAAAACUGCAAUGUGAUGGAUUGUUCUUCAAAGAUUCCAAUACGUUAGCUUAUUAUAACAUAGGACCUGGUUCAACUAUUCAUUUGCAAUUGAAAGAACGUGGUGGUCGUAAAAAGUAAUUGUAAAAAAAUGAAAAAAAAAUUUUUUACUGUUGUAAUAUUUGAUAACAUAUAAGAUAUAAAUAUAUUUAUUCAUUAUUCAUUACAUAAAAUAAAAUAUAUUUUAAGUAUCAAUAAUGUCAUAAUGUAAUGUUCUGUUCAUGAAUGUGUUUUCUAUAUUCUAGUUGCAGAUAGCACCUCUUUAAUAAUACUAAUGUACUGCUUGAACAUUUGAGUAAAAAUCUAUAAAUGGCUAUAAUAAAUUGGUAUCAUUUUUGUA